CCAGUCAGUCAGCCGUUCUUUCCCAUCCCUCCAACCUCAAUGCGGAGGGUGAGCCAUAUGGUCAUUCCGCCUGCGUAAGACCAAGUCAAAGACGGAAUCUGUGCUGAGAGUCACCAAAAAGUGAAGACCUACAAAUGUUAAGCCUUCAAUACUGUUCUUGUCGUUAGUCAAAUGACAUGAAGUGAGAAGCCUCAAACUUCUAAACUGGCAGCUUUCGAGCAAAGCAGGCUGAUGGCGUUAUCGGGGCGCGAGGAGAUUCUUGUUCUGCUCGUCCCACCUUGUCAACCAGGAGUUGAAGUCUUAAUUGAACGCGGCUCAGCCCAAAAAACAAAGCAGUUUAAAUAUAGUUUUUUCUGCUCUUAAUCCUUCCAAGUGCAACCGCAGGUUUUGGAUCUUAUCCCACCAUCACCACAAGGCCUUAUGAUGAAUCUAGCUUUCUGGGAUACGAUUUUUCUUCUAACAGGAUCAUUUUUCAGCUAUGGACAGUUCCCACAGAAUUCAACCAAUGCCUCAACCCCACAGCCCAUUGCUGCAACCACACCUGCAGCUACGACCACAGCCCCCCUACCCACAAGCACCAUGUCCAGUUCUACCACAGGAUCCACUACCACAACCACCACCACUACUACUACUACCACUACCACCACCACCCAUCACCCAGCAAGAAAGUUUAUAGCGGCGGCAGUGCACUCCCACUUUGAUGACUGUCCCGACUCCCAUAGUCAGUUCUGCUUCCAUGGCACCUGCCGCUUCCUGAUCCUGGAGGAGACUGCAGCCUGCAUAUGCCACCCAGGCUUCGUGGGGAUGCGGUGUGAGCAUGCUGACCUGCUGGCAGUGGUGGCCUCGAACCACAGCCAACACACGGUGGCCACCAUGCUGGUACUCUGCGUGGUGGUCUGUGUCAUGCUCAUGCUACUCUUCACCCUCCUCAACUGCUGGUGGAGGCGUGGGGGUUGUGAUCGAGGCUGCGUGCUGCCGUGCUUCUUGGAGAAACCCAGCAGUGUUCUGAAGACCAGGAGCUCCUGCUGCCACUCUGAGACCAUGGUUUGACAGCUGACCCGGCCGCAUGCCUCUGUCCCGUCGCCCAUCCCUCCACCCCAUGCUUGACCUUCUCUCAGCCUCUCGCCAAUUGCAUGGAAACACUCGGGACUCAACCAUGGGAGAGAGGGCACACCCCUCCCACAUAUGGACUCGGAGAAGGAUGCGGUCAUCUCCCCCGAUGGGGACUUGAUUGGGACACUGAGCUGGUAUGCGGAUGACCUUAAGGACCUUGUGAACUUUCAUCAGGACCACAGACAGUGACGUUGACGAAGGAAUAAGGCUGUGAAACAAAGACUGAAGGAAAGCGUUCAGUUAAGUAUUCGACUGCACGUGGCCUAAUGGCAAAUGACUUGGUCUGCAAUACGAGUAGGUGAUGUUUUGAGGACUUCAGAAUGAGCAGUGUUACUGGUAAUUAGGAAUGUGACUUUUGCACACGUGGUACUUGACCCCAAGGACAUUCAAGACUCUUUGUGUUUGUCCUCCAUUUUUGUCUUUUAAAUAACGGUAAAUCACUUUUAAAAACAAAAACUUAUGCCACAUACAAAAAUGGCAAGCACAAGUUUGUUUUAGCUACAUGGUGUUAGAUAUUAACAGAGGACUAAAACCUCUACGUAAUUAUUGUUCUUCGGAUUUUAACUUUUAAUAGUAAUGGAUUUGCACAUAUUUGCCAAAGGUGGACAAAAAUGGGACAUGAAUUUGUGACUUGUACAACUUGGGUGUUGAUUAUCAUGGGCUAAGCUACGAUGCUUGGUAAAUGACCUUAAAAAAAGAAUGACGAAUGACAUGUUAAGACAAUUUUGUGAACAAACCUACAGCAUGCUGCGCUGAAAAUAUACAUUUGAUAUUCAAUGAUGAGAAUGGACUGUAUCUCCUAAGGGCACACCCUGGUGACCAUGUGUGAAGAGAGACUUGUAUAGCUAAAUAUUUCUUUAUUAUUAUAUUUUUUCAUUAUGAGACUGCCCAAUAAUCUUUGCACAUACAGUGCAUCUGCCUUUACAGCACAUUUUGCAUGGCUCAAAUACGUGAAAAUCAGUUCUGUCAUUUGUUGGAAUUUAGUAAGCAAGACAUGUCUUUGGAAUAGCAUUGAUAAUAUUGGGACAUAUGAUAUUUCUAUGAUGUUUGUGUCCCUCACGUUUGUAUUUGGAGUGUUCACUUAACUUGACCGCACCGCAGCACAUGAAGGAUGCACUGAAAAGGAUAAAAGUGUGUAGGCAAAAAAUCAGCAUAUCCACAUACAGUAUCUCACAUCCCUCACCAAGCAAAUUACAAAUACAUUAUUACAAUCCUGUUCAAUUCAAGUCUUCAAAAUUUGGCAAAAUCUUCAUAAUUUGGCAAUUACUCCACUUAUGAUAUAUCGUCUUACUGUAAACUAAUGGUGUAGUCCAAACUGCAGAGAUAGAAUGCCAAAACUAACUAGUUAUGUUGACCUUGCAUUAAAAUAAUCUGCUUCUCAAAUUCAUAUUCAUAAACCUUCAGUUGAACCAGAACCACAAUUUUCCCCCACGCAAGACCUACUUUUCACUAUUCACUAUUUAAAUCUUUAACUCUUAAUGCACAGUGUAUUGCACCCAAUUCACUAACAUGGGAACCACCCCACACACAUGCACGGGCACUGUAUGGCACAAUGUUUUCUUCAAAGCUGUCGUCUGAACUACUAAUCUCAAUGAAUGUCGAGGGCCCUAUAGAGGUCAUGCAGUGUGCAUCCCCUGUGUUUGCAAAGCGUAUCUGUGUCUCUUCUUGAGCCUGGGGUGCAGGAUGGCUUAUGUGCAAAGUUGUUUUUUUUUGUUCAUUUUCAUUUACCUGACAAUAUGGCGUCGCCGAGUUUCAAGGUGGUGCUUAUUGAAUGGAAAGAAGGAUAAUGUAUUGUGCAUCAAGAUGCUGUGUUCCUACUGUGCACAGUAUAGGAAAAAAUUAGGGCAAGAGGAAAAAAAAAUGUUUUGAGUUUCCUUCUGUUUCUUUUGACUUUUGAAAAUGUGUUUUGAGUGCGCUAGAUGCUCUGUGUGGUUCAUAAGAAUGUACUGAUCUUGUCAACGUCCAUAUGGCUGAACAGGAAAAAAAAAACAUCCAGCGAAAAAGACCUGUGGAAAUACCUCAAAUAUCUUCAAACAAAAUGGCUUAUUGUAUUUAUGACCUUAUUUAUUGGCUUAUUUAUUUAAGUUGUUUGGAUGGACGUUAUGUUGUCUUUGUUGUUUCUGCCCUUAUGUGAAGGAAAGCGCAGAUUGAGUGGUAAAGGUCAAUGACAAUUAGUGGUUAAGGCUUUACACAGCCAGUCUCCAUGUCAGAUGGGAUGGGUAGAUUAGGAACUGUUCUGCUCUCCACCCUGCAGUUUAAACUCCGAGAGAACCAACAUGAUGUAAACAACUGAUUUAUGCUGCAAAGAUGAUGUGAGGAGUAUGCAGAUGUCUAAAUAUGUAAAAAUAGAUGGUGGAUGUCGCCCUGAGGGUGUUGUAUGUAAAUGUAAAAUACUCUUAUGGUGCUUUAUGAAUGAUGAUUGACUGCAUGUACAUGGGUGGUGGUGGUGGUAAUUUUGGCCAGAGGCCCCAUCAGUAUUGUUAAUCACUGCUGAAGCCUCUGGCACAAAGACAAAAAACUCCUGUUUUUUUCCUGUGCUCAAUAUGGAAUAUGUAUCAGUCAGUCCCCAAAACAUAACUGUAUAGCUGUUUUGAGAACUGAAAGAUAACACAUAGCUGUAAAUACAAGUUGCUUAAAUUUUCAUUAAUGUCUGCAAAGACUUAAAGGAGCAGCCUGCCAUUUCUGCAAAUGGGCUGAUUUUACACCUCCUGUUCUUCCAGACAUUCUAUGACUCUGGUGACACAAUCUCCAAGCUAGCGUGCACCAUUGAACUGAAUGGCACCAGCUAACAGCCAAUGGUCCUAUUCAGUUCAGUGAUAACAUGCCAACUUGGAACUAGGAGUAAUAUCACCAGACUCAGAUGGCUGGAAGAACUAAAAAACUCAAGUAUCAAACUCAAGGAGAGGUGGGUAAUGGGCACAUAUCCAGAAAUGCUGGAACUGUUCCUUUAAGCUUAACGGAUGUCAUAGCUUAAGCCUAUCAUAAAAGGUGUAAAUGGGCAUCUAGGGUAAGUGGGUACACAACAGGCAUGCCUUUGUAUGUAUGAUGCUUACAAUAUACAUGUACAUCUCACAUUGUGAAUGGGAACAUCAUUCUGACAAUCACCAUAAAGAAACCAUCUUGUUAAUAUCAUAGUACAAACCUUGCUUAAGAAAUGAUCAUUGUGUAUUGUAAUGUCAACUGCAUUAUUGAUGUGUGACGUAAUUCUGUUUGUAUUCUUUUUUUGUUUGUUGGUUUUUCAAAUAAGACUGAAAGCUCAUAUUUAA